UAGCCCAUUAUUUCAUCUGCCACAGAUGAUUAAGAAAAACAAAAAACCCAAAUUUAGUUUGACGCACAAGAAAAUUUAAGCAACAAAGAAAAGAAAACAACAGCCGCCAUGGAAGUCAUCCUUAUGAUUAUAUUCGUCACCGCCUUCUGGGUAGCCGUGGCCAAGUUCGGACCCAUCCUGUUCUCCAAGGCGCCGCAGCAAGAUCUGGUGCGUUGCGUCUGCCUGCUGACCGCCGUUUGCUGCUGGCUCUUCUGGCUGUGCUGCUAUUUGGCGCAACUGAAUCCCCUGGUGGGGCCCAAGCUCAACCAGAACACCAUCAAGAUUAUUGCCAGAUCAUGGGACAAUCCCAUAUCCCAGGGAUAGCAGGGGCGACGACCGCGAGCAGCAGCGAGGAGUAGUUAAUCUCUGGCGGAGCACCCCAUUCUCCGCAGCCACAUCACUCAACCGAAACACACUAAAUAUGUACUUUAACACAAUUAACCAUAUGUAUUGUAACACCCACUUUCCAUGUUGAAUCCCUGUGCUAUGUAGAUUCUAAAUCUUUGAUCAGAAUCGAGCUCUAUACAUAUCCACUUUUUGUAUUAUUAUUUGUAUUGUAUUGCCACGUUCGCAAAUCCAUUUUUGGGAAAUAUUUAGAGUUCAAAAUAUGGAUUUAUGUACAUGUUCUUUAUAUAUUUAUAUAUUCGGCAUUUGCACUAUAAUUUACUGGAUUUUGUAAACUUUAUAGCUUUAAAGCACCGAAGAGAUUAUCAACCAUUUGUUUUCCCGUUUCUUUUGUAUAUAAAUGUACUAAUGAGUUAAUGUACAAGUGAGCUAGUUAUUGGAAAAUAUAUAGACAAAUCAUAAAUUA